AUGGGUUUUCCAAAUUCAAUUAGAACUUUGGGGUUUGGACAGCCUCUGGACUCUGGGUGGUGUUUAGCCCUGCUUGAAUCUGCUCUUCGUUUCCGCUCCUCUGUUGUUAAAAGUUUUGUCCGUUUUAGUGAAGUGUUCAAAUUUGGAAGCUUUCAUAUUACUAGUCUUUUAAUUAUCUUGAAAGGUUUCAAGUUCAAGAUGAUUAGCCAUAUUCGCCUGGAUCGAAGCCUGCUUGAACAAUCCAAGGAAAUGGACUACUCGAAGUUUAGACAGCAACUGAAAGAAUCUAUCAGGAGGAAGAUGAAAAGGGAAUCUGCUUCGGCCGAUGCUUGUGCAAGAGACGAUGGCUAUGGAUCCUUCUUUGGAUCGUCUGAGAUUGUUGCUUCUGAAAGAGUAGUCCAGGAGAUCAGCAUAUUGUUGAAAACCCAGAAUUCUUCAUCCAAGUCUGGUGCAGUGGGAAAGCCUGGAGAUUCAGUACGUGAGAUCUACUUAAUGUUGAAAAGCCAGAAUUCUUCAUCCAAGUCGGGGGAUUCAGGACGUAAGACCAAACCACCCCAAAUCGUUCCUCGCCUGAAUACGAAGGUGCAGACGCUCAAGCGUACGCGGGACUAUUCUUUUCUGUUCUCUGAUGAUGAUACUUCUGCAGCCCAGUUUCCGUCCGAGAAGCGCUGCAGUUCAGUUUCCUGUGGUGGUGGAAGAGGAGAAACUGCUGCUGUUACAGUUCCAGGCCGUGUGCAGUCGUCAGUUGAAAGGCAAGAAAACAAGACUAAGGUGAUAUCGAAAAACCCAGUUUCUUCUCCAAAGCCUCGGAUGAAAACCCCCAAGCAAAACCCAACUCUUCCUGCAAUGCAAGAGCACCGUCGGACGAAGAAGCCUCCGAGAAACAUUCCGAUGAAGACGGUGAAGAUUGUCAUCGGGCUAUCACGAUGA